CUCUCUCUUUAAUUUUUGUUUGGUGGUUGCAAAGAGGUGAAAAUUCUCCAACUCCAAUUCACCCCCCCUUUGGAGUGCAUUGAGUCAACAAUUGGUAUCAGAGCAAGGGCUCCAAUUUGAAGGUUUAACCACCUAGGAGUUGAUCAAGGAUGGCUCAAUUUCAAGCUUCUCAACCACUUGAAGGUUUGUCUACCACUAAGCCUCAUUCCUUUAAUGGUACUAAUUAUAAUUAUUGGAAGAAUAGGAUGAAGGUCUUCAUGCUUGCAAAUGUGCCCAAGGCAUGGAUUGUGACUAUGAAAGGUCCAUAUGUGCCUAUGAAAGUAGUUGGGGAUAGUGAGGUGCCAAAGGAAGAAGUUGAAUGGAAUGAUGAAGACUUGGUGAAGAUCAUGAUCAACAACAAAGCAAUCAAUAUGCUUCAAUGUGCUCUCAAUCCAACGGAAUUCCAUAGAGUAUCCGGAUGUGAUACGGCCAAGGAGAUGUGGGACAUGUUGGAGAUGAAACCGGAGGAGUGCAUUCAAGAUAUGUAUACAAGAUUGAAUGAUAUUGUCACCAAUCUCAAGGCUCUUGGUAAAGUCUAUCCUUCUCAAGAAGUAGUGAGGAAGGUUCUUAGAAGCUUGCUCAAGAAUUGGGAAGCCAAGAAGACCACAAUUGAAGAGUCUAAGGAUCUCAACACCCUCAAGCUUGAAGAUCUCAUUGGAAAAUUGAUGACAUAUGAGAUAGAAGUUCAAGUUGAUGGUGGAGUUGAAGUAGUUGAGAAGAAGAAGAAGAAUGUUGCUUUCAAGGCUAGCAACCAAAAGGAAGAGACUGAAGAUGAUGCUAGUAAUGAUGAGUCUAGCAAUGAUGAGUACAUCACCAAAUUGAUUUCAAAGGAAGUGAAGAGAUUCAUGAAGAAAAACAUCAAGAGCAAGCUUGCAAAAAGAGAUGAAGGAGAGUUUACCAAAAGGAGUGUGAAAUGCUAUGAGUGCAACAAGAUAGGGCACUAUAGAAAUGAAUGUCCCAAAUUGAAGAAGGGUGAAAGGAAAAACAAGAAGAGCAUGACGAAGAAAGCUUUUACCGCCACUUGGAGCAAUGAUGAGACUAGCUCAACGGAAAGUGAAAGCUCCUUAGAAAAUGGUGUUGCAAAUCUUUACUUCAUGGCUUAAGAGGAUAGCUACAAUGAUGAGGAGGUAAACUCUAACUUCUCUAGUUCAAUUAAUGAAAGUUCAUUUGAGUAUUCUUAUGAUGAUUUAUGCAAAGUUCUUGAUUGCUCUAUGAAUGACAUUAAGAAACUAGGAAAUGAGAAUAUUGCUCUUACUAAAACUAUUUCAUUGCUUAGGAAUGAGAUUGAAUCUCUCUCAAAACAAAAUGAGGUUUUAGUUAAAGAGAAUACCUCUUUAAAUGGUGAGAUUGCUUCUUUAAAGAAUGAGGAGUCUAAUAAUGCUUUGAAAAAGGAAAAUGAGGAUUUAAAGAAAGGAAAUGAAGAUUUAAAGAAGGAAAAUGAGGUUUUAAAGAGAAAAGCUUGUGAUCUUGAAAAUGUGAUUUCUAAAUUUACCUUGAGCAAAGAAAAAUUUGAUUCUAUUUUAAAAUCUCAAAGAAGUAUUUAUGACAAAGGGGACAUUGGAUUUGAUUAUUCUAAAAAGCAAAAGACUUUCAAGAAUUCUUUUGUAAGAGCAAGUCAAUCUUAUCAUCCUAAUGUUACUUGCUAUUGUUGUGGUGCAAAUGGACACUUUGCUUACGUAUGUCCUUUGAAGAGAUUGAUAGCUCAAGGUAAAGUGAAGGAAAUUUGGGUUCCAAAAGGAACUUUAAGCACUAACCCCUAUGGACCCAAGCAAAUUUGGGUACCAAAAAUUAAAACUUAAUUUUGUUUUGUAGGAAAAGUUGAUGGCAAAGUCAUAAGGAAAGCAAAGUAGAUCUUAAAAAGACUUAUGCCUCAACAAGAAUGUUGGAGUGGAAGUGUAAAGGAAAUUUGUUUUUGAAUGCUCCACUCAUGUGCUUAAAUUGGUAUUAUUUAUUUUAUUGCAUUUAUUCAUUGAGUAUAAUUACUUUAACAUGACUAUCAAUUAUUUGUUCAUGUGUGUUCACUCUUUGAUAUAUAUGCUUGUUGAAUAUAAUAUCAUUUGAUGU